AUGACUCAAAGUCAGAAAAGCAAGCGCCCAGCUGGUGUGAGUUAUUUUAUUUCUGUCACAUCAUUCCUUACUCACUGUCUUCGUCAGGACAAUCCUCUGCUUGUUUGGAAAGACGAACGUGAUACAUAUCUCUCGGAGAUUAUUCGGUUGGACGGACGCGGUGAAAAUGCAAGGGACUCGUGUGCAGGCUGUUGCGCCAAUCCUGCAGAAUUCCGAUGUCAGGAUUGUGAUGACAUGCAACUGUACUGUGGUACAUGCUCACUGGCAAAUCAUGCCCGGUCUCCAACCCAUCGCAUACAGCAAUGGAAUGGUAUAUUCUUCGAGAGCUCUUCCUUGAAGACGCUAGGCCUUCGAGUGCAACUCGGGCAUCCCAUCGGUCAAUCAUGCAUCCUCCCGCAGCCGGCGUUUAACGACGACUUUGUGCUUAUAGACACGAACGGAAUACACGAACUAGGACUGGACUUUUGUGGUUGCGAGACAUCCGAGACACAUGUUAAACAACUCCUUCGUCACGGAUGGUUCCCUUCCACGCCAACUAAACCUAGGACAGCGGCAACAUUUCGACUUCUGCAUUACUACCAAAUCUUAUCCUUCGAGUCGAAGGCAUCAGCCUAUGAAUUCUACCAUUCUCUUGUUCGACUCACGGAUAAUACAGGGAUGAUGAAAUGCAUGCCGGACCACUAUGAAGGAUUCAUGCGGAUGGUGCGUAAGUGGCGGCAUCUCACAAUGUUGAAACGUUUCGGACGUGGCCACGAUCCCAGUGGCGUAGAUGGUACAUCACAGGGCGAAUGCGCGGUGCUAUGUCCAGCAUGCCCGCAGCCAGGGAAGAAUUUACCUGAGGGUUGGCAAAAUGCUUCGAAAGCAAAACGGUGGUUGUAUGCAGUAUUUUUAGCUAUUGACGCGAACUUUCGAUUGAAAAGGCGGAACGUAUCGAGCGAUCACGCAGACCCAAGUCUUUCAAGUGGCUGGUCAUAUUUUGUCGAGGAGAAAGAGUACAAGGCCUUCCUGGCCGAACAUCUCACUGAGGCGCAGGAGAAAAGUACAUGUUCGAGCCACAGCGCUGUCAACAUGGCAGAUACAAAGCAGGCACAAGGGCUUGCUGCUACUGGCGUCGGUACAGUAGACUGUGCCCGUCAUAAUUUUAAACGGCCAAAUGGAGUCGGUGAUCUGCAAAAGGGCGAGAAGUACAUCAAUAUGGAUUAUUUAUUUUUCUCGACUUUGCGUGGUACGCAGCUCGAAAUGCUCAACGUGUCGUACGAUAUUGCGUGCCAAUGGCACAAAAACCUCUGGGCCCGCAUGAAGUCCUUUCCUCGAUCCCAUGCCUUGGACCAUUUCACCAAGUAUAUACGCUUCUUCGUGCCAAAGUUCCACCUCCCCGCACAUGUUGCAAAAUGUCAGACCGUCUUCUCGUUCAAUUUCACGCGUUAUGUCGGCCGGACGGAUGGUGAAGCCCCGGAGAGGGGCUGGUCGAAUAUCAACCCUGUGGCAUCAAGUACGAAAGCGAUGGGUCCUGGUUGUCGUCGUGACACGCUGGACGACCAUUUUGGCGAUUGGAAUUGGAAAAAGACCGUCGGGUUGGGCGCGUCUCUCCUGUACAAGAUGAAGGAUGCUCUAGCUGAGAAGGCUGCGCAUGCACUCGCAUUUGAGGAAUUUGACGCUGUCAUCACUCCCAAGCAUCGCUCUGCAUGGUUAGAAGAAAUGCAAGCUUGGGAAGAUAAUCCGAACGACACAUCGAUCUCUAAUCCGCUCGAGGCCAAAGCCAUGGCUAUAACGCAAGCAGGAGUAAGGCUAAAGCUCGCGGAGCUGGAGGCCGAGGACCUUCAGCGAGGUAUAGACUGCUCGUUGCACCCACAAAUCUCACCUAGUGUGCUUAUUGCUUCAGGCAUAGACCUGGAGCAGGAACAGCAUCGUCUGGCCAAUAUCGCCGAGUCGAUGGGUCAACAUGCUACCGACACGCAGAAAGGCAGUCUCACGCAGAUGCGGAACUCGCUUCAUCGUAGGAUCGAUAUGUGGCGACGCACACAGGUCCUUUACCUCCCGGCCGUUCAAGGCCUUAUUGAUCAGGCAGCCACGCGUGAAGGCCACGAGAACGCCGAAUGUAUACACCUCUGGUUACCUUCAGAACUGAAAACCAAGCCGUGCGAUCCACACCUACAAGAGGACAAAUGGGAAUUGCGCUACGCGCAGGCUCACGAUGCGCUAGAAGAAUUGUGGCAGUGUCUACGCAUUCACUGCUCCUUACUGACAUUCAAAAGGGAAUGGGUGCGUGGUCAAGGCGCGAAUACCCGUGCUCAGAAUGCCCUUGCCCGCAUCCACCGAAGGCGUACGGCCUGCAUGAAACGUUAUCGGUCAGCAUGGAUGGCGCUCAAGAGCCUAGCUACAAUCAUGAAGAAGACCGGUUGGCAAGGAAGGUUGCAGGAAUUGGCCGACACUCAUGUCAAGCCCCUCGUGGACCCAUAUGCUACUGGCGAAGGGAGACGUCAUGUAUCGUGGAUCUGGAUGAUGGAUGGCGUUGACCAUGGCAAUGAAGGUGACAACGAUGGUGUACGAAUCGAGUGGUGCAAAACCCGUGCGAGGGCACUGCGGUGGUCGGAAGAGGUCGAAUUACUCACGGAAGAGAUGCGCAGGGUGCUGGAAUUUUUUACCUGGCAGCAAGCGCGGUGGGAAGAACAGGGAAAGGCAUGCGUUGGGGAGUGUGCCGCUGACAUUGAAGGUUUGCGAGCUUAUGCUGCCCGACAGGCUAACAUCCGUCGCAGGCUUGCAGACCAUUUUCGGGUGCUGUGGGCACCCUUUCUUUCACUGGAAGGUCCCAUUGACCCGCCACCUCAGUUGGCCGAACAUUCGUUACCGGACCUCAUGAUUCCCGACAUUCUCUAA